AUGUCGUCCGCCCCCAAACUGCCCAUCAACCUCGUGCUAGGUGUGGCGAACGUCGGAGAUUCAUCUGCCGACCCCAUGGCGCGCUACGACACACCCGACCAAGUGAACGCAUUUCUCGAUGUCUUUGCUCGACGGGGGUACAACCAGCUUGAUACCUCGCGCAUGUACUCCCCCAAAGCGCCUACAAGCUCUGAACCCAGGCUCGGCGCAGCCAACGCUGGAGAGCGCUUCACGAUCGAUACUAAAGUCACGUCCAGAUCGCCAGGAUGUCACACCAAGGACAAAAUCUUGAAAGAGAUUGAUGAAUCCCUAAAGGCGCUAAAGAUCAAACAGAUCAACAUCGAGUAUCUGCACGUGCCGGACCGAACGACACCAUUUGAAGAGGCCUGUGAGGCUAUGAAUGAGGCGAUCCGACAGGGUAAGAUCAAGAAAUGGGGGAUCUCAAAUUACUCCGCUGCCGAGGUCCAGCGAUUUGUCGACAUUUGUCAGGAACGAGACCUCAUCAAGCCAAGUGUGUACCAGGGCCAUUACAAUCCGCUCGUGCGAGGAGGCGAGGAGGAUUUGUUCCCGGUCUUGCGCAAAAACGGUAUCGCUUUUUACGGAUACAGCCCCGCUGCGGCUGGGUUCUUUGCCGGCAAUCACAAGAAGGUGAAAGCAGGUGGGCGAUAUGAUACAUCGAUUCCCGUGGGUAGCAUAUACGCAGGGAUGUACGUCAAAGACUCGAUCAUGGCGGCGACGGAGAAGGCGCUUGAAGUUGCGUCUGAGCAUGGAAUCGGCGGCCAUGCUGCGGCGCUUCGAUGGACGGUGUAUCACGGUAUCCUCAGCAAGGAGCACGAAGAUUCAGUAAUCAUUGGAGCUUCGAGUCCAGAGCAGCUGGAGGCCAAUCUCGACAUGAUCGAACAAGGACCGCUUCCAGAGGAUAUUGUGUCUGCUUUCGAAGCUUUGUUCGAACAGCUUGUUGACAAGGUUCCUUACCACAUGUAG